AUGUUGUAUAAACUCAAUUUCUCUAGAAAAAAGAUUGAUGUACCUAGAAUUAUAUCGAUGAAUAUCUCCUAUUUACUUGGAUUGUUUGUAAUGAUCAUCUCUUAUGCCCUGAUCGGUCCGCGAAUGCGUUUACUUCAGACUAUAUCAGAUAUUUCAUCGAGAUUGCCACAGAAGUCAUAUCAAAACCUAUCCAAAUUAGUACACACUAAGGACAUUUUCGGUUUUUUCUUUCACUUUUGGCUGAUAUUAUCAUUCUAUUUCGUAUAUUCUGAAAGGAUAGUUUUCGGUUUAUUCCAACUGUUCAGACUUUUCAUCAUCUUGUUGGGAUUUCAAAUGGAUAUGCUAUACAUAAAUUGUGUUUGUGUCUUAAAGGCCUGUUUCAAGGAAAUCAAUGAUAAUCUGGAGAAUCUACAAGAGCUCGUGAUGAAUAAUAUUCCUAGAUUGAUCUAUCAUGAGCAGAGACAUCCGUUGCUGAUAAAACUAAAGGCUCUGAAGAAACAUCAUCUGAUGAUAAGUGAUACAGUGAAGAUGCUUAACAUGAUUUUCAGUCUGCAUCUUCUCGCUGUCAUAGCUAUAGUCUUUAAGCAGAUAAUAUUCUUCGUGUAUUUCAAUGUAAUAAAAUGGCAAAACGGGAUAUCCUUGAAUCAAGACAGGAUUUAUAACGCAUAUUUCAUAUCAAUUGUAACAUAUUACUUUACAAGAUUCAUAUUGAUAGUGUGGGCUUGCGAAACUGGUAAAAAUGAAGCGACAAAAAUUAGCACUAUCGUUCAUGAUGUACGUAACAGCAUCAGCGAUAUGCAAAUCAAAUAUGAGUUAAAUUUGUUCUCCUUGCAAAUAUUGCAUUGCGAUAAUACAUUCUCCGUGAAAGGUCUCACUAUAGAUGCGACGUUAUUCACUGUGAUGGUGAGUAGCGUUUCCACGUAUUUAUUAAUCUUAAUACAAUUUUUGAUCACAACGCAUUCUUGUGACAGCAAGACAGAUGCAGUUAAUUAUACACAAGCAAUUUAA